GUGGUCGCAUGGCUGUCAUCGCCAUUAGCACAAUUGCCACGCUAUUCGCUUUCGCUGUGUACCAUUUCUCAGGCACCAGCCGUUACGUAUCCCGCGCCUGCAACAAUGUCGAAACCUAUCUUCCAGCCCACGUGGUUGGCCAAGACCUGGCCCUACGGCAACUCGUGGACGCCGUCUGCGAGCACGUAACCGACCGACCCACAUCCUCCUCCUCCUCCUCACCCCUCGAGGCCUUAGGCCUGGGCUCGAAGAAAAGUAGCCAGGCAGCAUCAGCAGCAGCAGCGGCGGCGGCGGCGGCUGCAGCGGCUGCAGCAGCAGCGUCAGCUUCUUCCUUGCAGCGCAAACCGCUAGUCAUCAGCGUGCACGGGCCGCCGGGUGUGGGCAAGACCUAUACACACACGCUGCUGGCACGCGCGCUGUACAACACCGACCCGGCGGCGGCGGGGAGAUGUCCGGGGGAGGGGUGUCGAGGUGCCAAGGUGCUGUACGGCGCCUCCUACCUGGAGAGCCAGCGGUCCAGUCAGCUAGCUGCCGUACGGGAUGCCGUACUGGACCACCUUCACUCCACCCCUAACCCCCUGCUCGUGUUUGAGGAGUACGACAAGCUGGAUUGCGAGAGCCGGGCGCUGCUGCGGCAGCUGAUCAGUCACCCGGAGCUAACCAACACAACCGUCAACAAAGCCAUCGUGUUGUUGGAAUCCAAUCUGGGCUUCCUGGAGCUGGAGGAGCUGCUGUCGGCGGCGGGGGGGGACAAGCGCAAGAUCUCCCCCGAGGUCGCCGAGUCCGCGUUGCGCGAGGUGGUGCUACGCGAGUGGCGGCGGGCGCCGUGCGAGGGGCUGACGGACACGCUGGCCUUCAUGAGCACUGUGGACCUAUUCCUGCCCUUCUUCCCGCUGGCAAGGGAGGAGAUCGCCCGGCUGAUGGAGGUGGAGGUGGCGGUGUACGGACACCGCCUGGCACCCCACGGUGCCGUACUGGUUCCGGAGCCCGCAGCGCUGACGUGGCUGGUGGGCAAGGUCAACUUCGCGGGGGGAGAGUACCCGCUGGAGGGGGCCAAACAGGUCGCCACCAUCGCCAUGAAGUACCUGUCACGGCUGGUACGGCAGGCGCAGAACGAGCUGGCGCAGGAGCAGGAGCGGGCCAGCAAGAAGAAGGGGGGGCUACUGGCGGCAGUGGG